CAAUACGGGCGGCUAAACGGACCUUUGAGUGAUAACAUUUGUCACCAGAUAUUUGUUUACAUCGAUUUUCCAUGCAAAAUUAUUGUGUAUAUACGUGAGACGAAAUGAAUGACGAUCGUUCGGACAGUUCUGUGACUUCAAUUGAGGAUGAUGAAGAAGAACGCACCGAUAACACAGAGAAUCUGUGUGAAAAUCCUACCCGAGACAUCCUGGCGGAAGGGUUUUUCCGUCUUUUCAAGCCAGUCAUCGAUGAUCUGGAUAGUAACAUUCGGGGCGCUCGAACGAAUCAGGUGGAGCUUCGCCACCAGCUGGAUGAACUUUCGGGCCAAAUGAAGAAUCUCAAUUUCGAAAACGAUCCCCAGUUGCACGAGUAUUUCAAGCGGAUGGUUCAUGUCAAGCAGAAAGUGGUAGUAAUAAUGAAUAUUUUGCAAGGAGCGCAGGAACGUCUAGUAAGCCUUUGUCAACAACAAGAACAAGCGGUGCCAGCUCCGGAUGGUUGAUUAUGAAUUUCGCGCCUUUCGCUCCACAAUUAGCCAUGAAUUUAUUCACCAAUCAUUACAUCAACAAAAAUAAACUAAUCAUUUCUUGAAAAA